CUCAGCUUCAGUCAAUCUGCAUUCCGUAUCAAAAUAAUCGUCUUUUUUGACCUUUUUGAAGUCUUUCAGUGCCCACCAGACCAAGUCUUGGCGGCCCCUCUCUUGAGUUUUGCAGGCUUUUUACUCUGCCAUUUCCAUUCGACCACGGCAAGUGGUGUUGUUGCACCUUCCCACCCCGCCAUCCUCACUGCCGUGUUGAUUUUCACUCGGUUUUUUGACUCAUUUUUCCCUCCUCCACCACAACCACCACCACCACUCCUCGCCUCGCCUCGCCUCUCUCAUCACAGAUCCAUCCCAUCCAUCUCGUCACGUCCACCCAAUCAAUCACUCAAUUUGAUCCAUUGCCAUUUUGAGCAUACCUUCACCACGCCAUACUCAACUUCCUCAGCGCAGUCGUGAAAUCCUAAUUGGACUUGCUUGUUGUCAUCACUGGCACACAACUCAACACAGUCAUUAAUCACAUCAACACUUGACUCAUCGCGCCUGCCUUCUUCUUCCCUACUCAGUCCUUGGUCACGUGCCAGAGUAUGCUUCUUCCACCUUCAACUUCUCUAUCAAUCCCUGGUUGUCCUCCAUAGCACGAGCGCAUUACUAUCUAGACCACACCUCCAUGCCGCCAAAGGUCGCCCCUCCCAGGCCUCGCCCGGGCAUCCAAAGACGUGUCCCGCGCGGCCGCAUCGAUGGCAGUCCAGCCCCAGGUCUCCGCCGCUCAGUGACCCCUGUCCGAGCUGUCACUCCAUCUGCUGCUGAGCAACAUGGCAAGAAAGCCCUCAGAUGCAAUAAUCCCCUUUGCACGAAUCCAAACAUUAUCGAGACCGAACACGGCUUGGUUUGUACCGGAUGCGGUGCCCUCGUUGUUUCCGACUCCAAUCUCGUCAGCGAACAAGGUUUUGGCGAAACAGAGUCAGGCCGUAUCACUGCUCUAGGUGUACAUGUCGGUGAAUCGCAAACACAUCAAAGAACCUAUGCACCAGGAGGUGCCUUGGGAACCGCCGGUCGAGAACCCACUGUCAAUCGUGAACGAUCUGAAGCUCAUGCCCAGAAUAUCAUGCGAUCAUAUCAACCCCUUCUUGGUGUCCGGGAGUCCGAGGUCUUAUCAGGCAUGCAGAUCUUCAAACUGGCCUGGGGCAACUCGUUCGUCCAGGGCCGCACAAUCGACAGUGUCGCGGUCGUCUGCCUUUACCUGGCCUGUCGAAGAAAGCGAAUUCAAACUGAAGGCAAAAUUCGUCCCGCCUAUGAUCUCAUGUUGAUCGACUUCGCCGAAAGACUCAAUAUUGACGUCUUUGCCCUUGGAAGAAUGUACUCCGACCUGGUUCGCAAGCUCUACCUCCAACCUGACGGCAGCCUCAACACCGAGGCCAGUGGCGUUCUCACUGCCUUGACCCCAGAAGAUCUCGUUAGUCGUUUUGUCGACGCUCUUGAAUUCGACAAGAAUGACAACAACAAGAUCAAGCAAGAUGCUGUCCGCAUUGUCAAACGUAUGAACAGAGAUUGGAUGGACAUUGGUCGAAGACCUUCAGGCGUCUGCGGUGCUGCCGUCAUCCUUGCUGCUCGCAUGAACAACUAUCGCCGAACCAUUAGAGAGGUGGUGCUCACUGCAAAAGUCGCAGAGAUCACUAUCAACAAGCGCCUUGAAGAGUUCUCAGACACCGCCAGCAGCAAGCUCUCCAUCGACGAGUUUCGUCAGGAUGAGUUUCUCAAUGGCAUGAUCGCCGCCGAUCCACCUUCUUGGUCACGAACUCAUAAUCCACAGGUCAAGGCAAAGAAAAAGCGAGGUCGCCCUAGAAAAUACCCUCUACCCGAACCUCAAUUGGGUGGAGCGCACGACUCCGAUACACAAUCAUCGCAAGGUGAUGGUAAGACGAAUGCAACAGAGCCCCCAUCGAAGCGGCCUCGUUUAGAUGCUCAAGGCUUUGCCAUUCCCGCUAUCCCUAAGCGACAUGUUCCUGUAGAUACGCCUAUAGAUCCUGCACUGCUAGCAGCUUCGGGUGCUUCUGAAAAACAAACCUCUUCGCAACGAGUACAAGGUCGUCCACCUGGUGCGAAAAACUGGCGAGCUCCACCGGCAACUGCAGCUGAACUGGCGAUCGAAACUGAAAUCGAGAAUGACAUUGCAGAGGCUUUUAGAAGAAACCCUGACCUGGCACCUGAUCACCAAGACUAUGUUCCCCCCCAACCAGCGACAUCUGAGAUUUCUAGCACGGACGAGCAUGCAACAGAGACCCCAAUGGCCGAAGCGCAGUCGAUGACACUUGCAACACCUCCACAUACCAAAUCAGGCCCGCCGGGACCUGCUGUUGAUUCCAACAUUGGUAACACCGGCAUCAUCUCAUUGUCUCCAACUCUAAAACCUGAUGAAUUUGAUGACGACGAUGAUGUGUCCAAUUGCCUUCUCUCUCAAGCCGAGUCUGCGGUCAAGGAACGGGUCUGGGUGACUAUGAAUGCAGAUUGGCUUCGACAAGAUCAUACGAAGCGUAUUAGACGUGAACUGAGAGAGGCUGAAAUGCGUGCUCAAGGACUCGAUCCCGCGCUUGAGGCGCGCAGACUUGCGCAAAACAAGGGCAAGCGGAAAGACGGAACGAAAAAGCCCGGGAGAAGAGGCGAUGUCAGCUAUCUGGACGAGAAAGAAAAAGGAAAACAAGAGGAAGGUGAUGAAGGCACACGAUCCAGGAGUGCUUCUGAAGCCAUGCGAAAAAUGAUGGAAGCCCGGGGCACGUUUUCUAGGCGCGUCAACUACGACGCUCUCAAUGCCAUUUAUGGCUUUGGAGACAACGAGAGUGACUCCCAGGGUGGAGACCGAAGUCGAAGUGCAAGCGUCGCAGGAGAUGCUCAAGAGACGCGGGAGGGGAGUGUGGCUAAUUCUGUUGCCUCCGAAGCCGUCAACAUCUUCCGAGGCAAUCAAGCUAAGGACAGGAAUGGUAAGAGGAGUCGAGGCUCUGUGGCCCCAGAAAAGUCACAAAGAAACCUUGAAGGACGAGAAAGAAGUAUGUCUGAGGCAGCUUCAGUUCGCAGCCGCGAAGCCUCGGUCGAAAGCAGCCCCAGUCCAGGGCCCGUUCCAUUGCCGCAGAAGGCAGAAUCACAAUCCUCACCAGAACUGGACAAACAGCUCCCAACGCCGUCGCCCACACAAGCAGCACCUCGAGAACCAUCUAGAGCUGCUGUGGCCGAUAAUAUCAGAUCACCACCACUUCCAGAAGAAGAAGCUGUUCUACCAGAAGAGGAAGCUCUUGGAGCAAUCGAUGCGUCCCAUGAAAACACUCCACAAGCUGAGAGUAUCCAGGGUGACGAAGAUGAAGACGAAGACGAAGAGGGAGAUGAGGACGAUUACUACGAUGAUGACGAAGAUGCUGAGGAAGGCCCUCAGCAGGACGAGGAUCUCGAUGCGGCGUUUGAAGGUAGAUACCAUGGGAGGGAAUGGUAGGGCACAUGAAUAUUGAGCAUGACCCUGUAGAUCGGUGAAGCAAUCAUCAAUAAUGGUAGUUCUUGGUUUAUGACUGAGAAACGCGGGUUUAUUGGCAGGUCAUUUGGUUUUUGGGCUAUCCCUAAGCAUCCAUCUUACGAGAAGAUAGAGAGACCAGAUACCCAUUCUGCUUGUGCCAAGUGUACAGAGAUACCAGGUACACAGGAG